AUGCGUCAAGAAUCCAAUCAAUGUGUCAGUGAUUUUAUUACUGAUCUGACUCUGGCCAUUCAGGACUGUGGGUAUAAAGAGAUCAAGGCAGACAACUUCGAGCACGCAAUGCUCGUUCAGCAGUUGAUCGUCGGUCUGCGCGAUGAAAAAGCUUGGGAAAAUCUCUUAUCAGAGAAGAAGGAUUUGUCAUGGGAGAAAGCCUGUGAUAUUGCCAGUCAUCAGGAGCGCGUGCGGCAAAGCCUUCAGCAGCUGAAUCAGUCAAACAAUAGAGUGAUAGCAUCCUUGGAAUCGGAAAUGGCUGUCUCCCUGGUAAACACUACUGUGUCUUCACCUAGACAGCGACCCUUAGCUCCCUUAAAACAACUACCAUCAUGCUACCGUUGUGGCCAGCAUCAUAUCCGGUGGUCAGACUGUAGACACCGGAAGACGGUAUGCCAGUUUUGCAAGAAAAACGGCCACAUCGAACGAGUGUGUUUCUCCAAAAGACGAGCGAAUAGUAACGCGCAUGCGACCUACCCUAGUCCAGCUGGGGAUGGUGAGGCGAUACCCCGAAUGUUUCCGGCCAACGCUACUCUCCAAUCCCCCUACACCAUCACGCUUCCGGUUGAUCACCAUCCCGUGAAGUUUGAAAUCGACACUGGCUCAGCUGUUACUCUCAUCAAUGAGGCCUCUCUUCAGAAAUUACCCUCCCUCCUACCGGCUAGCUCAACAUUCCGUAGUCACACUGGACAGAACGUAGACGUUCGAGGGGUCUUUACAGCCGAAGUCGAACGUGAUGGAGAACUUCAUUACUUGCCGGUUCAUGUGGUGAGAGGAAGCCAGCAACCGAAUCUCCUUUGA